GGCGGCUAACGACAAGGAGAGAGAGAGCAGAGAUUCAAGCUAAAAAGAGGCUGAACAGAACCAAACACCUCCCAACUCCAAACUAGGAUCUGGGUUGAACAAAGCACUCAGCAAGAUGCUCCGCCCACUUGCCGUCAUUACAGCCUGCCUCUGGCUGUCAGUCAUACUAGGCCCCGCCUUCGGAAACGGCCACUCGAUGGAGCUAUUCACCGGACUGGACAUGACGCAACAACCGACAGACGUGAAGGUCGUGGGUCAACUGACCACCGUGAAGUUCCGGUGCCGGGCCUCAACUUACCCGUCCGCGCCCUCGCCGUCCUACGAGUGGUUCUCCAGAAGUGAAUACGACACUAACCCUCUGUUCAAUCAGUUGGUGAACGACGAUCUCCACUCCAUUUAUUUCGACGGAGUCGACAGCGUUCUAGAAAUCUCCGUGGAGAAUUUCUUCCUGAGCAGAGGUCCAAUUCCGAUGCGUUUCCAAUGCCGCGCGUACACCUACUCCGGCUCCAUUAUGAGUCGUGUAGCGAGACUGAGCUUCGGCGUACUCGGAGAAUUCCCGGGAACCCCGAUGCAAGUGGUCAACGUAACGGCUUACGAGAGGAAAAUCCUCAAGUGCCCGAACAUCUACAGCGACCCCGGAGUGACCUACAGCUGGUACAUUGGCAACAACCCCUACAACAUCGUCAGCGAGAGGAGCACCCCGACUGUCUUCUCCAGCGCCACGAAUGGCCGUCUGUACUUCUCUUCGCUCAGCCUCACCCACUCGGGCACCUACCACUGUGUGGUCAACCUGACGGCUGCAGGCUCUGGCUAUGAGCUCAGAGGAAAGGACGCCCAAGCCAGCAGGUCCCAUUCUAAUGGUAUUUUCCUGAACGUGGCUUCGAACCCGAACCCACCGACUGACAUGCCGACUCUGACGUCAGAAAUACCUGACGACUUUCUCUCCAUACUCCCGACGACACCAAUCCAGGGUGAUGACGUCAUGCUGGAGUGUUUUGCCUAUGAUACCACGGGCGCUCCUGUGUAUUACAGAUGGAUACGUAGAUCUAGCAUGUUUGGGGUGGAGUGGCCUCUACCUGCUGGAUACAGUACGGCUAACAGAAAUAGAUAUACGGCAACAAGCUAGAGAUCUCCUUCUUCUCGGGAGACAUGCACGCCGGCCUGUACCAGUGUGGAGCCUCCAACUAUCUGGGCACGGCUUACGACACGGUGGAGGUCGCCUAUAAACACGACGACAAUGGCAACUCCGUCAGCGCAGGCGCACAAUGCUGCAGCGUCACUUCCGCCGCUAUGGUUGUCAUGGCGAUGACGAUGACGUACUUCCUGUGAUUGGUCCCACGCAGAAACUGAAGGGAGACAGAGUUUUCUUCUUUUUAAAAACUUUUGUUCGUUUGUUGCUUUGUUUGUUUGUUUGUUCGUUCGUUUGCUUGUUUGUUUUUAACCCUUGACGUUUCUUAAUGUUAGCCGCUAGAAUUUUUACUGUUUUCGUUCGUUUGCUUGUUUGUUUGUUUGUUUGUUUUUAACCCUUGACAUUUCCUAAUGUUAGCCGCUAGAAUUUUUGUUGUUUCUGGGGGGUUUUUUCAGUUGUUUUUUUUCUGUUUGUUUUUCAAAGUAUUUCUUAGAUUAUAUAAUGCCCUGCUUCCUACUAUCUGCACUUAUGGGGAUUCAUAAGCCGAUUUUAAGAACUUCUGUUGUAACCUUUGCUUUUGUGAAAUACGAAUUGAAAUCGCUUUUGUUGGGUUCAAUCUUAAAAUUUGCACGCUACAAGAUAUUUCCCCACCCCACCUCCAAUAAAUAAAUAAAAUAAA